AUGGGACUCUCCUGGUGGAUGUGGAGUUGGGGCAGGGGUGCGCUGCGGCCCAAGGCCGCCGGACCCACCGCCCUACCUCAGCUCUUCCCGACAUCAGGGACCAAGCUGGAUGGUGGCGGCCCGGGCCCAGACAGAGCCAAUGGUCGGAUGUGCAGGCGAGCAGAAAGGAGGCGAGGUGAUGCGUUGCCCUCGCAUGCCACUUGGAAAAAUGUGUCUCCCUCUGGAGUCUAA